AAUCCAAUCUCGAACUUAUGAAGAAAUAACUAGGGGUUUCAGUGAUUAGUGGUAUACGAAAGAAAUACUAAAACUAUUUUUGGCCUACUGUGACAUGAUCUGUUGAACUCCUCACCACAAUCGAUAGCAAGCUAAGAUUUCCCCAACAUGACGGACGCAUUAUUCUCGCUCAAGGGCGAGAAAGCUCUUGUUACUGGCGGCACGAGGGGUAUUGGACAAGCCGUAGCCAUUGGGCUCGCUGAGGCGGGCGCGGAUAUAAUCUUAGUCCAACGAUCCACUGCGUCGACAGAGACCAAGGAAGCCGUCGAAGCCGUCGGCCGUAAAGCCCAUAUCUACACAGCGGAUCUAGCAAACGCAGAAGACGUAGCAGGCCUGGUCCCGCGGAUCCUAGCAGACGGGCAUACGAUACGGAUCUUGGUUAACUGCGCGGGAAUUCAGAUUCGUCACGCACCCGAAGCCUUCCCAGACGCCGACUACCGCGCCGUAAUGGGUGUAAACGCAGACACCGUGUUCACAUUAACUCGCGACGCGGGCGCACACAUGCUAGGUCUCGAGCCCUCCCCAGUUACGGGUCGUCGCGGUAGUAUAAUUAACUUCGCGAGCUUGCUUUCAUUCCAAGGAGGGCUGAAUGUACCCGCGUACGCAGCAAGCAAGGGCGCCGUGACACAGAUGACCAAGGCUUUUGCGAAUUCGUGGACGGAGAAGGGUAUUAAUGUUAAUGCUGUGGCGCCGGGGUAUAUCGCGACGGAUAUGAAUACGGCUUUGAUCAAUGACCAGGAGAGGGCGGCAAGUAUUAGCGCAAGGAUUCCGGCUGGGCGUUGGGGAGAUCCGGACGAUUUCAAGGGAAGCGCUGUGUUUCUAGCUGGUAAGGCGAGCGCGUAUGUGAGUGGACAUACACUGGUUGUUGAUGGCGGAUGGAUGGGUCGGUAGAGAAGGGAGUAACGCAUAGUAAGAGCAUGUUUGAUGGCUUGCCUCAAGACAUU